AUGGCGGAGCAGCAGCAGCAGCGCGCACGGGGCGCCCGCGAGGCAGGGGAGGAAGCGGCACCGUCGCACGGGGCAGCGAAGGCAGUGGGGGCGGCUACGGCGGGCGGGUCGAUGCUGCUGCUGUCGGGGCUCAUCCUGGCGGGCACGGUGGUGGGGCUGACCCUGGCGACCCCGCUGCUGGUCAUCUUCAGCCCCGUGCUCCUGCCAGCCGCGGCGGCAGCGGUCCUGAUUGCGGUGGGCUUCGUCUCCGCCGGCGGGCUCGCGCUGACGGCGCUCUCGGUACUGUCCUGGAUCUACAGGUACGCCGCGGGAAAGCACCCGCCGGGGGCGGAGCAGCUGGAGCAGGCGCGGCUGCGGCUCGCCGGUAAGGCCCACGACGUCAAGGAGCGUCUCGAGCACCGAGUCGAGCACGCCCAGCACCACUCCUAG